AUUGGAGAAAGGGAAAGCCGCAGCCAAUCAGCGCUGGCCUGACUUAACCUUCCGCUCCCCUUAGCAACCCUCAGCCGUUACCGAUGUCUACCUUCCCGCCCUGCGUUUGCUAUUGGCGACUCUCGACUCCUAUUGGUGGUUGCCUGUGUCAAUCAUCUUCAGCAUUUGGCGCGGCUCUGGUCUGGUUUGCUGGCUGCCGCGUGAGCCGAGGACAGCGGUUCCGGCGGCACCGGACGCUGCUGGUAAAUAACAUUUAAAAGGAGUUUAAAUGACAGCAAAAGAAACCACUCCUGUCAAAGCAGGAGCUGUCAGUGUCCCUUACGGACAUGUGAUUGGAAAUGAGAAAUGGAGAGGGUCACAGAUAGCUCAAGGAUUACAAGGGAAAAUUAAGCUAAUUCUUGAAGAUGGCUUAGGACUUGUGGAUUUUCAUCUUUCAAACAGAUCUUGCAUUUUGUAUAUUUCUGAAGCAGAUUUGGUGGCAGGAAAUGGCUUCAAAAGACGUCUUGUUCGGUUUAGAAAUGCCAGCAGUCUUCAUGGGAUUGUGAUAGUUGAAAAAACCCAGAUAAGUGAUCAGUACUUUCCGGCAGUGCAGAAGUUUAUUGUGCUAGAACUUGGAAUGACAUUGCUUCCAGUGGCCAAUCAGGGAGAAGCAUCUCAACUUAUUAUCCAGCUACCAGUAAUAAAGGAACCAGCAUUUCCAGUUUUUCCUCAAACUGCGUUAAGAGAGACUUCCUGUGGACAAAAGACUGGCUUGCUGCUUCUGGAGUCUGCUGAAAUGCAAAUAAAAUCUCAAUCUUUGAUUUCUUUUCGCUUGAGGAACACUUUGAGUUAGUCCAACUAUCUGAACUAUCAUCCAGCGGCAUACCUAGAAAUGAGUCUGAAAUACAGUUUGCCCUAAGAGCAGUUGUUUACCUCACAGCACCUACAAAUGAUGUACAUUUAAAUAGUCUAAUUGAAUAUGUUUUGAUGCAAUUUGAUUUUAGAGAUGUACUUGGACUUUAAUUACAUGGUACACACACACACACCAGAAUUAGGUCCAAUCCUACACUCCUUACUUAGCCAGAGCUCCUACUGAAGUCAGCAGCAGUUGCAUUUUCAAAAAGUAGACACGGAUUUUGGGUGCCUCUUUUUGGGAUCCCAGGUUGAGACGCUUUGGGGCUGAUUUUUAAGAGGAGCAGAACAUCACCGUUCAGUUGAGAAAUCAUGGCGUUCAUUUGUGCUCAGCUCUUCUGAAAAUUAGCCCCAAGUUGGGCACCCAGAAAUUAACACAACCAGAUUCAGUGACCAUUUUUAAAAACACUGGCCUAAGAGCUCUGCUUCGGGCAGGAAUGCAGGCCCAGGUCCUUUUCAGUAAGAUUUAAAUUACUCUUGUUAAUAAAUAUGAGAGAUGUUACUUUGAAAUCAGUGUUAACAUCAAUUUAACACAUCUUAAUUCAGAAAAGAAAUGUGGCAAAUUUGUAACUUUUAUUUAAAUGACUCUGCUAAUUAUAAGACUAGUUAUUAAGCAAUCAAGAGAAAUUAAGCAAUCCGAUUCCAUGGUGAAGAAGAGGACGGUAUCAGAAAGUGGAUGAAAACUCACAGCCUUAGUUCCCUCUAAACUGUGCGGCCGCGCAGCAGCCUAUUAAGUGCCGUGCAGGUGCUCAGGGCUGCGGUGUGGAGAGAUGCCUCUCCCCCAGCCUGGCCAGGACCUGCUGUGGCCAGGGGGAGAGGCACCCUUCCCCCAGCCCCAACCCAGCCCCGGCCCAGACCUGCCGGGGCUGGGGGAGAGGGCCUAUCCCGCAGCCCCCAGCCCCGGAGCUGCUGCGGUGGGGAGAGGUACCUCUCCCCUCCAGCCCAGGUGCUGCUGUGGUAAGAGAGAGCUGGGGGAAGUUCUCUCUCCCCACCAGCCUGUACCCUAAACCCCUCAUCCCCAGCCCACCCCAAAUCCUGCAUCCCCAGUUGGAGCCAUCACACCCCCCACACCUCAACCCUCUGCCCCAGCUCUGAGCCCCCUUCCACACUCCAAACCCCUUGGCCUCAUCCCCGCCACAUGAAUGUUGUUAUGUGCACCAAUAGGGAAACAUUAGAGGGAACACUGCUCAUACCCACCAGAAUAUUUGAAAGGUGUGUUCCCCCUCAUUUUACAAUCACUUUUCCACACUGUUGGUUUUAGUAACUCUUCUUUGCAGUGUUGUUGUAGCCAUGUUGAUCGCAGGAUAUUAGAGAGACAAGGUGGGUGAGAAAAUAUCUUUUAUUGGACUUAUAUGUCUUUUUAUUGGACUUCUGUUGCUGAAAGAGGCAAGUUUUCAAGCUACACAGAGCUCUUACCGCUUGUAAGCUUAAAACUGGAUUUGGGUUUCAUGAAAACCAAAAAUCACUUCCUCCAUUGUUUCAUUGCCUGUGCUGUUAGUUUGUUGCUAUGAGACUGCAUUAGGAGUGAGGCUGGGCGUCUAGCACUGUGUUUCUGUUAUGAUUUUGCUUUGGAAGAAAGAAACUCCAAGAUUUACAUGGAGUUUGAAAACCUGUACAAAAAAAAAAUCAAAUGAAAUAUUGGGCCAGCCUGUCAGUAUUGACUGUGUCCCCUUUGGAUUUGAAUUUUCACCGAGGGUUCUUUAUAGAUAAAAUGUCCAUUUUAUAUCUUUUUCUGGAAAUUCAGCAGAAAAGUAAACAGGAAACUAUAUUUUAAUUAUUCUGCCAAAUGUCUCUAUCAGGGUAACUGAUCCCAGAUUCUUUGCUUUUAAUAAAACUCCUCUUUUCAAAUAUAUUUAGAAGCAGUUACUUCUGUGGGCAGCAGAAAACAGCCAGCAUGGCUGCUACCCCAUGGGCACCUGAGCUCCACAGUGAAUGCAGUUUUUUCCUGUGGUAAGGGGGAAUUAUGUCCUCUCUGGGAUGCCCUGUCAUCCCCUUCUCAAGAGAGAAAGCGGACGUCAUUCCGCCUGGUCCACAUAGUGAGUCCCCUGAAGCCCUAAUUUGAGACAGGUUUACUCCUGGCUCGUUGAGUGUCAGCCACCGCAGGGUUAUUUUAAAGGACGUGCAACUCAAAGUGAAUAGUGGGUUAGCCAAGGAGAUGUAGAGAGGUGCCAGGCAGCCAAAAGGUUAAUAUUUCCCUCCAUCUAAGAACAGGCAUUUGUGGUAUUCCCUAAUACACCAUAAGUGACAGCAUUUCAAUGGAGGUAUUUGUAUAUAUAUGUAACACAGACAGACCCCGGUUGUCUGUGGGUGGGAUUAAUCAUAGGACCUCUGAAGCUAAAUGCAUGAGCCUCUACUGCAUGAGGUAAAAGUCACAUGGCUCUUAACUGAAGCUGUAGGAGACUCAUUAAUCUCCAAGUGGUCUCGGUACCACUAGAGGGGACAGAACACCACACUCAGGAGAUGUGCGAGUUACAUAUAACAUGUAAAGUCAGGGAACCCCAUUCUGCAACUCAAUGCCCUUACCUCAGUGGCCUACAGGACAGCUCUUUGUUGAGCAUGAAACAGACAGAUCUACAAAUUUUAAGCAAAAUACACAGCCAAAAAACAUAUCUAUGGUAAGAUACGCACUAAAAUAAAAGUCAGUCACUGAGAGGCAAAAAAUCCCCAACUAGUGUAAAUUGUCUAGCUCCAUGAAAGUCAAAGGGGUCAGGAUGAUUUACACUAGCUGAGGAUAUGCCCCUGAGCAUCUGUCACUUCCAACAUCUGAGGGGUAAGGCAGGUGGGUGGGCAAGUGGGAAUCUAGUCAAAGUAGUCAUGCUUCAGAGAAGUAGAGUUACAUGUGUAAUUUUCUCUGAAGAAAUCACAUUGACUGGAUUCUUGUAUUGGACACUGAAAACUCUCCACAAACCCAUAGAUUCUCCAGUCAUGGCAGAUUAAAGACACCAUAUGAAGCAGUUUUAAAUACCAAGGAGAAAUCCUCAUCCACAAAUAGCAGGAGAGAGAGCUGUUGGGGGAAAAUAGCGACUAGAACAGCCAGUCGUAGGGUUAGAUGGUAUGGGACAAUACAAGGCUUGUACUGCAAGGCAGAUACAGGUAGGGUCUACAUAAAUGGUUUGUUUCUUUGUUUUUUCUUUUUUUUAAUAAAGAAGAAAAGCCUUCCAGCAGCAGGCAAAUGAAACAGAAAUCCCCUCCCCACCACAGACCAGCUAUGGGGUUUCCCCAUAAACAUUGCAAGGUCAGAUUUUUAAGAUAAAUAACUCAGAGAACUAAAGGAAACCAAAGUGGAAAGACAGAAUCUCAAAAAGCAAGUGCACAAAAGGAAGUUCAUACUUUACAGAUGUUCAUAUACUUUACUCUAGAUAGCACACGGGGUUUCACACAAACCAGGGGAAGCCCAGAGAUCAUUUUAUGCCAUCAAGGUAGAAAGCAUUUUUUCCUUUCAGAAUCAGAAACUGGCAUUGCAGACCAGUGAACCUUUAUAGCAGGCACCUGCAGAAACUCCAGGAGUGGAUUCAGUCUGUAAUGGGGUACAAUUUUUAAAAGCUCCUAUUGAUUUUCCUAAGUCCAAUUUUCAAAAGUCACUUUUAGGCUCUUAGGAGUCUAAGGCCUGGUCUACACUAGGAAAUUAGGUCGGUAUAACUAUGUCACUCGGGUGUGAAAAAUCCACACCCCUGAGUAACACAGUUAAACCAACCUAACCUCCAGUUUAGACAGCACUAGGUCAGAGGGAGAAUUCUCCUGUCAACCUAGCUACUGCCUCUUCGGGAGGUGGAAUACCUGCACCAAUGGGAGAACCCCUCCCAUCAGCAUAGAUGGCAUCUUCACUGAAGCGCUGCAGCAGUGUACCUGUGGUUUAUGUGUAGACAAGCCCUUAGUCUCAU